AUGACUGAGAUGGUUUGCUCGAGACUCGUCGAUAGCCGUUUCUCAUAUCGAUCUUCUGAAUUUGUGUUUGCUCGCUUCCGCCGUACAGGGGCUUAUCCGCUUUUGGACAGUCGUAUUUUCCUUUCGACGCCGCUUCUCGCAACUCUUGUUUUUCAGCCAUAUGGCGUCCUUGUUGGCCUGCGCCAGCUUCUUGGUCCUGGGAGCUCAGAGAUCACCUCCUCGCGAUUCCACACCUCGUCUGUCGUGUUGGCUCAAUUGCGUAGGAAAUCCAAAAAACCGAAUGGCAAGCCAUCCUCUCCACCACGCACUCGUCUUGCGAAAUCACUCCAGCCAACAGGCAAGGCAAAGAGGCUGGGAAAACUUGAGAUAGCACCAUCACAUCCAGAAUUCAAGCGUGAUUCUGUCCCGCAUGAGGGCCUCGCGCCGCAACAACGAGAGAGCCCACCUAGACGGAGGACGACUUCGGAAUCAAGGUCCAUUCCAAAGCGCCGGGUACCAACAGACGAUGCAGAUGCUGAGACUGAGGUCAAGAAUUGGGCUAUUAAAGCUCACUCUGAACGUGUAGACAGGCGCAAGGUUUUAGCACGUCAACCGCCCCCUCAAGUCAAUCCUUUAGAAGAGGAAUUUGAUCUGUCUGCACCAGCUGCUUCCACAAGCAAAGACCUUCCCACUCGGUUCUCUUCUCCGCCCUUGAUGCCUGGGCUGUUGCAAAGUUUACAAGAGACGCUGGGAAAGGAAGCAAGGCCAACUGCUAUUCAAGCGUCGUCAAUGAAGCAUUUGUUUAAGGAACACGUGGAAGGCGAGAAGUACAAGGAGUUCCUUCUUGCCAGCGAGACAGGGUCGGGCAAGUCGAUAGCAUACCUCCUCCCGGUACUGCAGGAUCUCAAACGCACGGAGCACGAACAGUCCAACGCUGUUGUCCACCAUUCAUCUCGCAAGCCUUUGAAUCCACGUGCGCUCAUACUUGCGCCUACGCAUGAACUCACUCGCCAGCUUGCAAGCUUCGCGAAGAGCUUGUCCCAUGUCAUCAAGUUGCGUUCUAGUGGAACUGCUUCGAAAAUGAAAGGAAAAUUCGAGCAAGCUGGUGCUGCGAGUGACGCUGAAUUUGUCAUCUCCAAAUCUUCUCGUGGGUCAAGACCGGUAGACCUAUUGGCGGGUACGCCAAUGAAGCUUCUUGAGAUGGAGCGCGGCAGAGGCUGGAACUGGGAGGAGCGGGCAAGAGAGCGAGCAAUGAGGAUAGGGAAAGGAAAAUCCGAAGGUCACGAAGAUGUAAAGGAAGAAGACGGGGGCAAUAAAGAACAGCCGCGAGAGUUCUGGGUUGAUGAACCCGAGAUGGGCUUGGAGAACGUGCAGUGGGUGGUUGUAGACGAGGCAGACGUCCUAUUCGGUGCCGCAACAAUCCCCACAUCUCUUGCUAACUAUCUUUCAAACUACCACCCAUCCCUCACCCGUCUUGCAUCCCCGCGGCUGCAUCACCUUCCUCCGACCCUUCGCACAGAACAUACCUCAUGGACUGGCGGGAACAAGAGCGCAGAUAUCGAGCGCCGCAUCCGUCGCGUUUGGGCCGAAGAUGCUCUCGUUCACUCUAAGACCGCAACCGGUCCCGGCCCCAUCAAACUCUCCAAACUCCUGGUCUUCUGCAACAAACGCAGCAAAGUCGAGCAACUCGCUGCAUUCCUGGACAGCCGCGGCAUCAAAUGCGUCGCGCUCACUGGCGGUGCAGAUGCACGCAAACGGGGGUCGAAUCACCAUCUCGAUGGGUUCUUGAAGACGGGUGGGCCUGUGCCGACGGGUCCAGGCGUGUGUGAUCCGGCUCAGACGCCUCAUGUGCUUGUUACGACCUCGCUUCUUUCCCGCGGGCUGGAUUUUUCGCCGAUGAUUAAGCAUGUGUUUAUUGUUGAUGAGCCGAGGAAUAUGAUUGAUUUUUUGCAUCGUGCUGGUCGGGCUGGGCGUGCGGGCGAGGCGGGGAAGGUAGUGGUGUUCGGGAGGGCGAAAGGGAGGGGUAGUGGGCGGACGGAGGAGGUUAAACAGAGGGUCAAGGCUGUUGCUGGAUAG